AUGAAUCCCGACAACAAGGAGGUUUGCCUGAUCAUCGGCGCGUCACGGGGCAUAGGCCGCCAGGUUGCCAUUGACCUCGCGAAACACGGCUACUUCGUCGUCAUCGCCGCCAAAACCACAUCCGACGCCAGCGCCAUCCCAGCCUCGUCGUUCCCGCCGGACCCAAACUCCUCAGAGUCUACCAUCAACACCGUCGCCCGCGAGAUCACCGAGGCCGGCGGCUCGGCGCUCGCCUUGCCCGUGGACGUGCGCGACGUGGACAACGUCAAGGACCUGGUCGACGAAGUGGUCCGACGGCUGGGCCGACUGGACGUGCUGAUCUACAACUCGGGCGCGAUCUGGUGGUCGGCGGUGGAGACGACACCCGUGAAGCGGUUCAUGCUGCUCCAGCAGGUCAAUCCGCAGGGGCUGUACGCGGCCGUGUCGGCGGCGCUGCCGCAUUUCGGAAAGCAGGGCUGGAAGGGACGCAUCAUCGUGGUGUCGCCGCCCAUCUAUUCGCGCUUCUUCCGUGGCAAGACGGCCUACGCGAUUGGCAAGGUCGGCAUGAGCGUCUUGACAAAGGGUCUCGCGAUGGACUUCGUCAGGCAGGGUCGGAAGGACAUGGCCAUCACGAGCAUCUGGCCUGCCGUGUCCAUCGAAUCGGCAGCGACCCAAGAAUCGGUGAAACGCGACCCAGAACUCCUCAAGGACUUGAGAAAGCCCACAAUCUACUCAGACGCCAUCCUCGCAAUGCUCCAAUCGCCUGCCGAGGAAGUCAACGGCCUGCUCGACCUGGACGAAGACUUCCUGCGCAAGAAGGGCGUGACGGACUUUUCGCGCUACAGCCUCAUGCCGGAUAGCGAGCGGCCGCCCCGCCGCAUCAUGCCCGCCCGCUUCCCUGUCUUGGAGGUCGCGGAGCAGGACGACGAAGGGAGGAGGGUCGAUAGUGUUGUUUUGCGCCAAGGGAAGGAGAAGAGUGGCGCUGCCGGUGGGGGGAGUAAAUUGUAA